CAUACUGCUGCCAUCACAGAGAGGGUGGAGCCAAACACGAGGACUUUGUCUGAACUAGUUUGUCUCUUUGUUAAGGUUUCUGUCUAAAAGAAGUACUGCAGACAUGUCCCUGGAGGACCUGGCGGCCCGACUUAACAACACAGAGUAUAAAAACUGGCUAAAAGCGGGUCGGUGUCUCCUCAUCCUGAGGGAGGGUCUUCAUCCCUUUGUCUCUCACCACACAAGGGCUUUCCACGCUGACCUGCUCAACCAAAACACCCUUCUGAGGAGACCGUGCGUCACGUCAACGUGUAAACCGAAAGGGAACAAGGUUAGAGAUAAACCUUUAAACACUGGCCUAUCUGUGGUAAAAUUGAGUCUGAAAGCCUCUGAGAAGGUACCUUUGAAGAAACUCAGCCAUCAGUAACUCAAGCUACACUCAGCCAAUAUCUGACUAUCAUCACAUUUCAAUGUUUCACAGCUGAAAACAACCCGGAAAUGUACGAAUAAUGUACGUGUAGAUAAAAGCUGAAACCCAAUUGGCUCAUUAAAAGCCUCUGCCUGCAUUCAGAUAUUAUAUAUAUUAACAUGAGAACGAUAGAGUAAAUGAAAUGUCAAUCAAGUGGAUGGCACAAUAGACAUAGUAACAUAAAAACUGUAAAUAGUGUUAGUCUGUGAUACAGAAGAGAAAAGUGGUAUCUUGCGUUAUAGACAUGCGUAAAACUGUCUACAUCUUACUAAUAAUGCCACAAACCGUACAUGAUUAAGUGUUAACAUUAAAGUAGAGCAUUCAUUAAAACAGAGGUUACUAUCUUAUUCAAGUUUUGGCCUGGUGGGAAAAGCAGCUCCAAAAUCUGGACCCUCCCAAAUCCCCAAAAAAGGUUGAAAAUGUCCAUUCAGCCAUCGAAACAGUUUUGUCUUUUCCAGUGUAUUUAUUUUGUAGCUUUUUAUUGGUGAUAUGUAAAAAAAGUAUAUAUCCCAUAACUCAAAAUGUUUUACCUGUGCCUGUGUUGCUGUGUUGCCUAGGACCAUCUGACCCACUAAGAAUCUGUUAUUUGAAUGAGUUUGGUUCAUAUCCCUUUUGCUUGAGUUUGUCCAGUUACAGACAAUAUUAUUCAUUAAAUAUGUUUUUUGUAUGCAGUUAUUUGUUGUUUUUGUUUUUUGUUUUUUUUAAGAUAGAGGAACAGAUUAGACUCGUUGCUCUGGUCAGGUGAUGAUCCCACCAAAAUGUUGCUGGACAACCUUUUGAUGUGAUCCCAUGAUAAUUGUAUAGUACCUCCUUGUCCUCAGAGCUGGUUUUAUGUGUAUUCAUGCAGUUUUGCUCACCAUGCCGGACAUGUUCAGUGUGGCAGACAGAGAUUCUGAGACACCACAGACAGAGAGACCCCACAGUGAACUGGGACAACUGCUUCCCUCCACACUGGAGAACAGACCACUGGGAACUAGCGAAGGUACUCUAAAUACACACCUGCGCAUGCACAUGCACAUGAGCUCCAUUCUUCUAUGAUAAUAAUGAUCAUCAUGAGACAAUUCUUAGCCUGCAUGCUGUGUGUAAAUCUAACAGACUGAGAAGUCCUCUGAAGGAUCUGUUACUGUUUUUGUGCAGGCAUACAUGCCUCGAGGUCAAGGCAAAGUGAAGAGGGCAGAUCAGUGUGAUGCUGCUGCUCUACUCAACCUGAUCAACUUCUGUGAUUGUUUUCAGUCUGUGGAUCAAAAACUUGUGACAGAGGUAAACACUGCGCCGUCAAGCCUUUAAACAGUAACAAAGAAUCAAACUAUUGUUGGCCCAUCCAGGGGCCUAAAAAUGUUGUUUAAAAUGGAUAUGAAAUAAGGAAUACGUUUGUUUUUUGUAAAUUUUUUGAGUGUGUGUUUCCAGGUGAUCCGUCACAGGAAUGAGUUGAUGCACUCCUGUGAGUUAGGUGUCGAAGAUGAAUGGAUGAGGCACUACCAGGCCGCACUGAGGAACUUCCUGCGUCAGUUCAGAAAAGUGACAUCAAUGGCAGCAGCUACAUAUCGAAUAGAGGAGGUGUGUGUGUAAAACUCUGAAGCUGCAGCUGUUACAUUGGUGUUAUUUUGUCUCACAGUUUGCGUGUGAUCCUUUUGUUUGCUCAGAUGCUGACUGUUGACUUGUCCAUAUCGGUCUCUGGUUUGGACCGCGUAGAUACCUCCCUCCACGGUGGAUUACAGACUGAUACCAUCAGCCAUUGGGGGACCAGCAAUGACUUAAUCAGCCAAUGGGAGGCUGAGCUGCUCCAAGAGAAGCUGCAGGAGCUCCUUUAUGAUGAAGAUACAAAGAAACAGGUUAGAGGAACAAAUACAAGUCCAGAUCUGUACAAGCUGGUCACACUUAGACAUAAAACCUUUGAAGAGAGCAAUCACAUGACUGUAUGUCCCUCUGUGUUUCCUCCUCAGGGCUCUGAGCACUUAAAGAGACUGGCCGUUUUCCUGCAGGCAAACAGAGAUCUGUGUGAAAGGUUUUCUGUCGAGCUCCAAACCAUCAACUCCUUAGAGGCUGGACUCUGAAUUGAACGAGAGUAUGAGGAGCAUGCUGUGCAGUGUAUUUAUAUUUAGUGUUUAUAAAAGGGGACCUGGUCAUCUGCAUUUUGAUGAACUUUUAUAUCAGUUUUUAUUUAAAAGAUCAAUGUAAAAAAAACAAAUGUCAUGAAAAAUAAAAAUGGUUGAGGGUCUGUAAAUGAAGGAAGUGGCAGCUGUCAGUGUUGGUGGGGGAUAUUGGUUCAGUAGUCACUGGAAUCACAGUUUGUCAUGAGGGUAGUCGUGCAACAGCAUCAUCAAUGAUUGAUACACUUUUUGUUUUUCACUAAAAAUGAAUUGAGUCCUUUAACUACUAGGGUGGGUAAAAAGCAGUGUGUUGAAGUGAUUUUUUUAUACAGGGAUACAGCAAACUUUUUUUUUUUUUUAACGAAGUCAGUUAUCUCUGAAAUACAACAGGAAUUAUGGACAUUUUUGUCUUGUUUUCUUAAUUUAUGAGACAAUAACCCUAAUUGAGAGGAACAAGGUGGAGGCAAUCAUCCCUUUAACUCUGAAGAAUAGCUGAACUUAUUGAAUGCAACACUCUAUUGUAGUUUUAUUAACCUUAAAACAACAAAUACAACAAUAAAGAAUUGUUUCUUCCCCACUGCCAUAUGGGCACUAAACGAAUACCUGAAAUAAUGUGUAUUCACAUCUGUGAUCUUGUAUUGUAGCAUUGUUUUUUUUAUUUUCUGUGGCCACUAAUAAAUAAUUCUGGUUCUGGUUCUGAUCCUGGUUUGAGCAGAGCUGCAGCCAGUACUCUCCUCACAGAACCCCUCCUCCUCCUUGUGCUGGGGCGAGGUUGGUGUUAACAAUGAAAGUGCGUCAGGGCAAAACCACAGGGUAAGCUGGGUUUAUUUCCACUCUCAGUUUGGUGACAGCAGUGCGAAAGGUCACACUUGACACAGGUCUUAAAACAGGUGUUACAGUGCCAGUUAAUUUACCGAAAGACGCAGCUGUCUUGAGUCCAAACAGAAAUGAGCCGUGGCUUCUCCUCAUUUCCAGAGUAGCACAUGUAACUCCUGACAAACCUCUAAAUAUUGGCCUUACCAAAGCUCAGCAGAUUCAAUGUUAAAUAUGCUUAAUUUAUAACAAGCUCUUCGAAUGAAUGUCCCCAGUUUUUCUCAUGUUGAAAAAUUAAAUUAAAAUACUGAUGCAAACUAC